ACACAUGUAAUUUAUGUCUGUUGGAACAUGAACACGGGAAAGAUUUAGAUCACGACGUAGUUUGCAUAAUUAAUGUGACAUGUUACAUAACCUUUCUGAAUUUUUUUCCAGCAUGUGAUGUGGCAAGAAAUAAUGAAUCCAAAUAAUUAAGUAUAUCAUUCACAAUGUAUGUGAUGAGGCAAAAUUACUUGACAAAGGUAUGAUCUCGAGGAAAUAAUGCGAUAUGAACAAUCAGGAAAAUUCUUCUGCUCCGAAAAUCUGGUGUACAGUGUAUAUGUAAGGAAGCUUUAUGGAAUUCCAGAGGUCACUGAGGUCAAUUCUCAACUCGGCAAGCGCCGGCAGCUGGCAUAUCCCAACGGCAGGACAUCAACUUCCUGUUCUAGUACAGGAGGUCACAGGAGGUCGUGUAGCAUCUGGGAGAUGACCUUUCAGGUCAGAUAACAUACACUGUUACAACUGCGUACUGCAGGAAAAUUCUCUGGCUUUAAAUACGAGUUUGAUGCCUUUUUUUCUUGGAGUUUGUUGCAAUCUUUGAAUGUCAAGGGUGGUCCUUUUUCGCGCAGGAGUUUAUUUGGACUGAAGAUAAGACCAGCUGGCUUGAAUAUAAAGAAGGAGGGGGCAUUUGUAGAUAUCUGUGCAACAAUAGUUACCUGAACAAGAUUUCUUUGAAGAACUAUGGAUAUCACCACGGAAAGCAUCUGCCUUGUCCCACGCAAAUCUGAUUUAUUGCAGUUGUGAGCCGGACUUGUGACCUUUAACACCAACACCCGAAACAUUAGACUACAACAGUGCUAAGUCCCAGCAGUCAGCAGAGGUACUGAAAUCAGUUACCCCGUAUAGAAAGGAAAUAUACCAUAAAUAUCAUGGCUCGAAGCAAACGCAAAAGUGUGGAGCAAAGAAGAAAAUUAAUUGCGCAGUACAAUAGCAGGCAAAGAGAAGGAGAGACACCAAAUACUGCUGCGAAACGUCGUGAAUCAAAUAGGGUCGGCAUGAAGCGACACAGAGCACAGGAGUCAGAAGAGACUACAGAAAAACGUCGUGCGUCAAAUAGGGUCGGCAUGAAGCGACACAGAGCACAGGAGUCAGAAGAGACUACAGAAAAACGUCGUGCGUCAAAUAGGGUCGGCAUGAAGCGACACAGAGCACAGGAGUCAGAAGAGACUACAGAAAAACGCCGUGCAUCAAGUAGGGUUGGCAUGAAGCGACACAGAGCACAGGAGUCAGAAGAGACUACAGAAAAACGUCGUGCAUCAAAUAGGGUCGGCAUGAAGCGACACAGAGCACAGGAGUCAGAAGAGUCUACAGCAAAACGACGGGCAGCAGAUAAGAGUCAUAAAAAACGACACAGAGCACAGGAGUCAGAAGAGUCUACAGCAAAACGACGGGCAGCAGAUAAGAGUCAUAAAAAACGACACAGAGCACAGGAGUCAGCAGCGACUACAGCAAAACGACGGGCAGCAGAUAAGAGUCAUAAAAAACGACACAGAGCACAGGAGUCAGCAGCGACUACAGCAAAACGACGGGCAGCAGAUAAGAGUCAUAAAAAACGACACAGAGCACAGGAGUCAGCAGCGACUACAGCAAAACGACAAGCAUUAAAUAGGGUCGGAAUGAAGCGACAAAGAGAACAGGAGACAGCAGAGACUACUGCGAAACGCCGUAAAACUGCAAGGACAAUUAUGAACAGAUGCAGAAGAAAAAAACAAAGCGAAGAAGCGACGAUUGAUAAACAAUCACAUCGCUUUUACCGAGACUUCCAGCAACAGCUGAGGUGGUGCCACUGA